UCUGUUUUCCCCCUGUUUUUCUCUGCUUCUUCCUCUCUUCUUCUUCUUCAAUUCAACUCAGUUGAGUCAUAACCUUAUUUACACGGACAUUAACAACAUCAACAACAACAGCCAUGGUGGUGCAAGGUGUUUCAGGUGAAGAAAAAGAUGGAUAUGGACGACAUGGUGAUGGUGAUGAUGAUAAAUUCACAAGCUUGGCGUUUUCUUCCUCUGAAGAACUCCAACUCUAUAGACAUUUGGCUAACAAGAGCUUCCAUAACUUACAGAUGAAGUAUUCUUAUCAUCAGAUGUAUGAUCUUCAGAAGAUUUUGAAAAAUCCUGAACUUCGCUUGAAACUGACAAAGUCUGAAUCUUUUAUCAACUUAACACAUGGUACAUUCCAACCUCGACAAGAACAGAUUCAUUAUCAAGGUCCAGGUCAUGGGGCAGUUGGUAGACCAAGAAAAACUGAUUUUGUUUCUCAACAAAUGACCGAGAAGUUGAAAGCGUCAAACUUUUCCGCAUCAUUACUCAGAAUCGGCAAAUGGGAGAGAGUCUCCAUUUAUGAAGGCGAUUUGGUGGCCAAGUGUUACUAUGCAAAGAAGAAACUUGUGUGGGAGUUUUUAGAAAGGACAUUGAAGAGAAAGAUUGAAAUACAAUGGGGUGACAUCUUGGCCAUCAGAGCAACUAUGAAUGAAAAUGAGCCUGGAAUUCUUGAGAUUGAGUUGAAAAACCCACCUACAUUUCACCAUGAGACUGAUCCACAGCCAAGAAAGCAUACUAAUUGGAAGACAGUAGCAGAUUUCACGGAUGGACAAGCUCCCACGUGGAGGUUAAAAAUUAUAUGUUUAUUUUGAAUGAAUUGGAGCUAGUUAGCAGCUAUGGUGAAACGGGUGGAGACGGCUUAGACGGAUUGAAAUUUCUGUUUUUUUGUUGUUGUUUUUACUGACGAUGAUGUUGAUUUUGUUGUACUCUCAGGAGACAUUACCUGAAAUUUCCUCCAGGAGUUCUUGAUAAACCAUUUGAGAAGCUUUUACAAUGUGAUCACAGAUUGAAUGAAUUAAGUCGGCAACCUUUCCCAAGUUUGAAGUCUCCUUAUUUCUAUCAGCAAAGUAUAUAUGAGCCUAUGGAUUUAAAUUUCAGCUUUCAUGGACAAAGGCUUCAUUUCAAUCCUGCUUUGCAACUGUCCUUGUCACAACUUCAAAACACACCUUAUGCUAAUCAACCAGCUCCAUCUUAUCAGCAAAUUAUCACGCAGCACGAAUUGGCUUCACCGGAUUCAGUAAUGGAGUUUGGCGAAAAUCCAGGGAUGGCAUUCUGGGAUCAUGGAGUGAAUGAUUUUACCGAUAAUUUAGUUGGAAAUCAAGUUCCAGGACUUACGCCUAUUCCUGCAAUCACACCAGCAGAUGUAUUAUAUCUGAACAACAAUAACAAUGAUUACAUUGAAUCAGGCAGCAGCUGCAGGCGCAAUUUCGACACUGACACUCACACAUGUUUAAACCACAUUGAAAAGACGUUGAUGAGUGAUGCACAUACAGAUUACACAGACCAAGAAGGGUUUAGCCAGUGUAGCCUUGAAAGUAUAGCAACAAUGCAGGCAUUGAUCAGUCAGUCUACGGAUAACAACCUUGUUUGUAACACUAACAGCACAAGCAACACAAUCUAUGGACAAAAUAUGCCUGUUACUAUGUACAUUGAUUUGCCUUCAAACGAAACAGCUGCACGCCUAAUUUUUCAACCUUGGAUGUCAUCUCUGCUUACGGAGAUUCAACAGCCGAUUCCUGCAGUGAUACCACCUCAAGUUACUAAUGAAAUUCCACUGAGUUACUAUGAUUGUGACACUGCCGACAAUCACCACCACCACCAUGGACAGAAUAGCUGGCCUUGAUGAUGUACAAUUGCAGAAAAGGUAGAAUUAGAGAGUUUUAGAAAACUGUGAUCUCAGUGAAGUGUAAAUAUUUGUCAUCUAUAGAAUGAAUCCAAUCCUUUUAGUUGCUAUAAAUUUGUAAAGACAGUUUCUGAGAAGAGUGCCUUUAGUUUUCAUCUUCUCAGAAGAUUUUGAGUUUUGUAAUGCAGAUUAAUUUAAACUUUACGGCUUAAACUAUGGAAAUAAAAGACAUCUGCAUGUUUUACUGACUGAUUAAUGCAGUUUCAUGUUGAAUGCUUAAUAAUGUUUCCUUUUACUCAAUUUUAUAACUAGUAAAACAUCAUUUACACGUUAAG